CAGCGCGCGCACUCAGGGCCACCUGCGCCCCGAGCGCCUGUCCGCAGCUCGGGGACGGCAGUCCGCGGGCCAGGCCAACUCUCGGACGCGCGAGGGGACAGCAGGAGCCCAGCAAGGAGGCUGACAUCCUGGAAGCCACCCCGACCGCCUGGAACCCGCCAGGGUGCUGCGCGCCAGGGCAAGAUGUCACAGUGGAUUCUCGGCUUGCGGGGCCCGCUAAGGUGAGAGUAAGCUUCCCGCUUGAGCCUAGACUGACGGCAGAGCAGCCAUGGAGAUGGCUUCCGAGCAGCAAAACAGGAGCCAGACGUGGCUGUCCACCCCAUUCGAUAUAGAUGGCUCACUGGGGGCAACCAAUGGCUCCAACCUGACAGAGCCGUACUACGACACAACCAGCAACGCAGUCCUUACAUUUAUAUACUUCGUGGUCUGCAUCAUCGGGCUGUGUGGCAACACACUGGUCAUCUACGUCAUCCUCCGCUAUGCCAAGAUGAAAACCAUCACCAACAUUUACAUCCUCAACCUGGCCAUCGCCGAUGAGCUCUUCAUGCUGGGACUGCCCUUCCUGGCUAUGCAGGUGGCCCUGGUCCACUGGCCCUUUGGUAAGGCCAUUUGCCGGGUGGUCAUGACUGUGGACGGCAUCAAUCAGUUCACCAGCAUCUUCUGCUUGACCGUCAUGAGCAUCGACCGUUACCUGGCUGUGGUCCACCCCAUCAAGUCGGCCAAGUGGAGGCGACCCCGGACGGCCAAAAUGAUCAACGUGGCUGUGUGGGGUGUGUCUCUGCUGGUCAUCUUGCCGAUCAUGAUCUACGCCGGCCUCCGCAGCAACCAGUGGGGGAGAAGCAGCUGUACCAUCAACUGGCCAGGUGAAUCCGGGGCGUGGUACACGGGCUUCAUUAUCUACGCCUUCACCCUGGGGUUCCUGGUGCCCCUCACCAUCAUUUGUCUUUGCUACCUGUUCAUCAUUAUCAAAGUGAAGUCCUCUGGCAUCCGGGUGGGAUCUUCCAAGAGGAAAAAGUCAGAGAAAAAGGUCACCCGGAUGGUGUCCAUAGUGGUGGCUGUCUUUAUCUUCUGUUGGCUUCCCUUUUACAUAUUUAAUGUCUCUUCUGUCUCUGUGGCCAUCAAUCCCACCCCAGCCCUUAAAGGCAUGUUUGACUUUGUGGUGGUCCUCACCUACGCUAACAGCUGUGCCAACCCUAUCCUAUACGCCUUCCUAUCUGACAACUUCAAGAAGAGCUUCCAGAAUGUUCUCUGCUUGGUCAAGGUGAGUGGCACAGAUGAUGGGGAACGGAGUGACAGUAAGCAGGACAAGUCCCGGCUGAAUGAGACCACGGAGACCCAGAGGACCCUGCUCAAUGGAGACCUCCAAACCAGUAUCUAAACUAUCUGGAAACACGCACGUGCACACAAUGCACACCAUGCCAUCUCCUGGCGACAGGUUCCACACACUUCUGGCCUCCAUGCCCAUCACACCCGGCUUCUAGAAUAGAGGACUGUCCAGCACAAGCCCAGUUCAGAGAGCAGUAUAUGAGUCCGCUUGUUUGACUGAAUGAUAAUGUGUCUCACUGACCACGUCCCUUAAAAGGGACACAGAAAUGCAGACAACAUCAUGCCAAAGUGUGAGCUUGAGAAAUGCUAAAGCCCAACAAAAACAGAAAAACUACAACAAAACCCUAGCUAUGUGUGUUCUUAUACCAGUAUGUGACUUGUGUUCUGCUGUUUAUGCUGGCAUACUCCUGUCUAGUGUCUGUAGAAUCGUCACCUACGUGCCCUGUGUUCGUGUACACCAGGAGCUAGUUAAACGUGCAUAGCCUAGGUGGACAUUGACCACAACAUGGAGCCUAAAGAUGGGGACUCACCAUGAAGCCCGUCACGUUUAAGCUUUCAGGUUCUCUCCGAUGUGGGCUUUCCAGGGCCCACGAGGAGCCUGAGCGGUAUGUUCACACGAUCAUAUGUUUUUGUUUAAAAGAUGUGAAAGUAAGAUAUUUUUGUAUUCUUUCUUCUAGAGGGCCCCUUAAGCUAUAAGCUUCUAGCUUUCCGGAACCUGCAUCUGGUCCUAGAUAUUUAUUUCACUAAUUCCAAACAAGUUAGGUCAAAGUAAGAAGAGGAGAAGAGAAGCCAGAAUGUCAGCUCGUGUGUUUUCUCAAAUGCAAUCAGUGGUUCAUUUAUUUGCCCCAGAGGACUGAAAUGAUGUGGCCAUCAUCACUGCAUUGAUCAGGACAACCUGCUUUAUUAGAAGAUUACUGCUUUCUCUCCUCAAAUUGCUUUACUUUUUGAGAGCUGUGAGUGUGCAGGUGAGGUGGAAUCAGAAAACUAAACUAAAAGGUGAAAAAUGGACUGCGCUUGAGUAUUGAGGGAGAACCAAUCUUCUUUUCCUCACCAUGAAAAUAAAUGAAAAA